AUGCCAGAGCAUGAUGGAUUGAUGAGGGUAUUUUGGCCGAUCGACAUCCCUACGUCUGAUGCCCCUGGUGUUAUUGUCGGCUGGAGGAACUCGAACCUCGAUGUUGUUGUUAUCGCUGUCUUGGAUCAUGUCGACCCAAGAAAUGUCGAGAACGCGCUUAAGACCGGUAUUCUAUUGAGGAAUGCGCCUCAUCCUAUUCCUCGUAUAUUUGAGCUAUGUGGACAGUCGUCUAUGCAUGUGCUCGGCACUACAAAUUGCGAAUCCAAUAUCGAGCCAGACUCAUGGGUGCGCGCCAUCGUUGGACCAUCCCAUCAGGUGCCCAAGAUUGCCUGUACGAGAGCAUCAAGCAUUCAGAUCGUUCUAUUCGAGAGGCCAGUUCCGCUUCGCAUGCAAUAUAUAUCAUUGAACCCGAUUGCACUCUCCCUUGCUGACAAGGAGGAUGAAGCAUCGCAUCAUACGUCCGACAGUUCCGAGGCCGAGGAAGAAAAACAGGAACGAAGGAACAAGCAUAAAAAACGUCUCCUGGUAGAUAAGUUAAGGAACCAUUCUGUAGUAAAGCAUACUCCUUCACUGAAGGAUAGGGCUCUUGAGAGAAUUGUCAAUCAAAUCAACUGGUCGUGGGAGUUGGAGCAUUUACUGCAGAAAAAUGUGCCACUUAUUGGAACCAGGCCUAAGCGCACUCUCAGCGUCUCUGAACGUGUGGUAGAACAGGCGGCGAACAUGAGGGAUUACAUAGUCCUUUGGAUAUGGGACAUGGUUAUUCUCUACGCACUUCCUAUAAUACGUAGGGCCUUUGUGUUUCUUCUUCUUGGCCACCGAUGUGCAGCCGAAGCUCUAUUACUUAUAUUAGAAUGGAGGGCUCGACCAAACUCACCUGCCCUCAAAGACGUGUCUGCAACAGCUCAGCAAGUGGAAAUACGUCUUCAGCAAUUCUGUUAUUGGCCCAUGCAGUAUGUCAAACUCCGUCUACGAAAAAACGACUGGGCCAGUGUUACGACCAGUCACCCAGAUUACAUCCGCUUCUAUAACAGUCUAUGGCUCGUGGCCAACGACGUCAUUAUCGGCAUCGCCCUCGGUUCAUACAUCAUCGACAACGCCGAGUGGGUGGCUGACACGAUAAGCAUGCUUCUGGGGAGUUAUACUAUCAACCUACUACGGAGUAGUAUCUCUUGGCUCAUGGGCUGGCCUGCAGGUCUGAAACUGAAUAGCGAGUUGGCCUUGUUCUUGGGGGACUUGUUCCUUUGGGUUAUUGAUUACUGGUCUAGUUGCAUCAGCACUUUAGAGCCUUUACUGCCUCACAUGGUCUGGUUCAUUGGGUUUUCUAGCUUUGCUGGAGCUAGUAUGCCCAUUGCGCUUUUUUCCGACCUCCUCUCGGUCCUCACGAUUCAUAUUUACUCGUUUUAUCUUGCCUCAGCACGCAUCUUCCACUGGCAGUUAACGAUUUUACUUUCCCUUUUCCAGUUAUUUCGAGGCAAGAAGUAUAACGUGUUGCGAAAUCGUGUUGAUGCAUGCGAUUACGAUCUCGACCAGCUUCUCGUCGGCACCAUCUUGUUUACGCUUCUCUUCUUCCUACUGCCAACCGUUGUUGUGUUCUACCUUAACUUUGCCCUAGCGCGCAUGGUCAUCAUAUCGUUCAAGGCCAUCUUCGACACGCUGCUCUCUUGUUUAAAUCAUUUUCCAUUGUUCGCGUUGAUGCUAAGGGGUAAAGAUCCUCGGCGUCUCCCAGGCGGCAUUCGUUUUGAACUUCGUGAUACCCCAUAUAGACUUAGUGUUAAUUGUACAUCGACUCUACCUCCCUUCUUGCAACCCACCUCUAUUAUUUAUGUAAAGCCUAUACCUCUUGCGUUUACGGCGAUGUUUCAUCAGUACUUCCAGAUGGGCAGCCGUAUUCGCAAACACUACUUAUCACCUCGAGUGUUAUUUUGUCUCGUUACGGGCCGUUUUGUUCCACCCAUUCAUAGGAAAGCCCUCUACUCUCUACAAUAUAGCAUGCUCCCGGCGCGUAGGGCGGGUAUCAUGGAGAUGUGGGAAGCACUAAAUUCGUUGCCGGCAAAGAAGCGACCUGUAAAUGUAUACGCAUAUACAUUCGCCUCUACCGCAAUCGUAGACGGACGACGGCAUAUGAAUGGACGUGCGGGAAGAGGUUUUAAUAAGGAAUAUGAUUAA